GAGAGCUUGCGAGAGAGAGAGAGAGAGAGAGAGAGAGCUCGCGAGGGAUCGGAGCGACGGCGUUUCUUUGCCGCUCUCGGAGAUAGCGGAGAGUGCGUCCCUCUUCGCGUGUGAGGGAUUCCCCGUUCCUUUUUGCGGGAGCUCCUUGAGUAGCUUCUUUCUGUAAGACACAUUCUCUCAACCGCUCUGUCACUCCCUUGCCCUUUCAUCCUCCCUCUAUGUCUCUUAUCUUUCUCUCUUAUUCUCCUCUUUACACUUUUUGAUGCGUUUUAUAUAAAUAAUUGAUUGAAUCAUUGUCAUAUUGUACUGUUGUGACGUGAAUGAUUUAACUGUGCUUCAAAAAACCUGCCAAGAUCUCUCGUCUUCCCUGAAAGUCAAGAGCAAUUAGCAAAGACGAAGAUUUCAACUAGUUACGGACGAGGCGAUAAAAUGACUAUGGAUGGGAGCAAGAGCGAACCGGGCAAGAACGGGGCCACUCAACAGGAAUGCGCGGGUUGCGGAAAGGCGAUUACGGAGAGAUAUCUUCUGAAAGCAUUGGACAUGUACUGGCACGAAGACUGCUUGAAAUGCGGAUGUUGCGACUGCAGGCUUGGCGAGGUCGGCUCGACGCUCUACACCAAGGCCAAUCUCAUCCUCUGCAAAAGAGACUAUCUACGACUCUUCGGAAAUACCGGUCACUGCGCAGCGUGCAGCAAGGUCAUCCCAGCUUUCGAGAUGGUGAUGCGCGCGAGGACCAACGUUUAUCACUUGGAGUGCUUCGCUUGUCAACAGUGCAAUCACAGAUUUUGCGUGGGCGACAGAUUUUAUCUCUGUGAUAACAAGAUCCUCUGCGAGUACGAUUACGAGGAGAGGCUGGUUUUCGCCAAUAUGGCCCUGCAUCCGCCGCCUAGCGCGACCCUGGCCCACAUCAAGAGACAAGUGACCCAUCUUCAGCCGCAGAACGCAGCGGGUGGGCCUCACCGACAGGCGAACGGGGAGGCGGCGGCCCAUAACCACAACGGAUAUCCAGCGCCAGCCAGCUCGAGCGCCCAUAACGUCCUGAACCCCAUGAAUAAUUUAAACGGUAUCAAUGCGCAAGCAUCGUACGAUGCCAAAUGACAAACGAAGUAAGCGCCGAUAUAUCGAUUGAGUCGCGCGAGGCGAGGGGGGAUCGGACACUCUCUCGCGUGUACGCCCGGUUUCUCAUUGUCUUCGUGGUUUUACCGCCGCUGAUCGUCCUGACUUUAGCACGCGACCCACGGUAGAAUUGCGCAUAAUCGAAUAUCCCUUAACUAUCGAGAAGAGAAAAAAGUAUCGUCAAGUUAUCGCGAACGAAGAAAGAUGUUAUCGCGCGUAUAGAUAUGUAUUAUAUAUGUAAUCGCAUUAAACGGUCCGCUUCGUGUCGCGAUCGAUCUUCGAUCGAUCGGGCAAACUUGAAGUUCAUGUAAAUAGAUAGGCGUAAAAAGUAUGCUAGAGGGUUGUGCAGACAACGCGAGUAAGCGGCGUAGGAGAAUUUAAAAUGCAUAUAUCUGUGACAAAAUAAUAUAAAACGAGACAAAAAUACAUCGUGCAUUUUUCAUGAUUUGCUUUUGAAAUUGAUAUUUCCCGAUAAAUGACAAAAUUGCCAAAUUGCUGCUGCUUCUCCUACGCUAUCUUAGGCGUCGUUUGGCGAAUGCAUAUUUCCCGGGCGAAUUAUUAUUCCGUCUUCUCGAAUAGAUUCUCUCCAGUAUAAGAUAGAACGUGAGGGAAGAAUAUAUAAAUCCAAAAUGCGUCUUACGUUUCUUGCAUUCAAUUAGAUUCGUGUAUCUGAACGAAUUUUCGUCUUCCCCACGCUCGACUGGCUAAACGAUAAACAAGUAGAUAGAUAGUCAAAUAGAUAAGUAGAUAGAUAGCUAACGGAAACGUAUAUUUGGCCAACUACGGCGAACUAUUGGUGCUCUUUAGAUUGUAAUCGAUCGAGUUUGCAUGAGAUUCAAUUCAGACUGCUAAAGCGUAUAUCGCUUAAGGAAAAAUAUAAGAAAAAAAACCAGAAGUAAAAUCUGCGACCUGUGGAAAUUUACGGGCUGGAGAAGCAUUUCCGUCGCGAUCCUUCCCGGAUUUAUCCGCUUUCAUGAUGAGAAAUCCUACUUGGCAAACGUAUCUAUCGACUUCCAGUCGGUGCAAGAUAUCUUUAACAGCCGGCGCGCGUCACAUGAACCGAAACCCGAAACUUCGGGGUGGUAGAUAAAGUUCGGUGUCGCGCAUUUAACGUUCGUCUCGCCGAGCGGGGGGGCGGUGUCGGUGAGGAGACACACAAAUACAGAAUGACCCCUCAGAGGGCCCCUGGUCCUGCCGGACGGAGCAUCGAGAACGAGAUCGAAUCGACGGGCUUCGAGAAAGCGACGCGGUACUGCAGCAGCGGCAGCGGCAAACCGCUCGUCGGCUCGCCCAAUCGCCCCCCAUGGGGCUCAUACGUUAGGGGUGACUUAAGCAUUGUUUCAACUUCGAAUCUCCCGGCAGAGGCCCCAGAUUGAUGUCGCGAACUUUUCCGCUGCCUUAUUUGCGAGUCAGAUAACGAGACUGAGUUAUGCCCAAAGUUCUCUCUUGAUCUCUCUCACUUGCUCCGGCCCGGCUCGUGCGCUGAUCGUAUCGGAUCACGAGGAAUACCCGCAGUCGAGAAGAAUGUUUUAUUUCCACCCUCUUCGGGGAUUCCUCGUCGUCUAUAUGCCGAAAGUAUACCUACGUCGUACGGUAAUAAGGCUGGCAGCUGCGCCGAGAAAGCUGCUAAGGACUAACCUUUAAGAAACGCGAUUCUCGCGGUUUUCAAAUAAGGCCGCGAAUCAGAAGAAAGAUCUUUGUUGCUUGCGAUUGGCGAAAGGAGGCAAUAAUUAUUGUUGAUUAUUAACGGUAAAAGGAUUUAAAGAAUAAAUAUUGCAGCCACAACUCCGCGAAACUAAUUGGAGUUGACUAUAUGAAUUCGUCGUUAACAAAUUGGGUUAAUAAAUAUUUUUUUAGAUUAUAUCAUUUUCUUACGUUAUACAAUAAUAUGCAAUUUUAUGCGAAUGUAGCAAUAAUAGCUUGGUUUCUCCUAAAAUAUUUUUUAUAUAUGUAGUACCUUCUACACAUGGUUUUGUAAUUUGGUUUAAAAAUAUGUUAAAAGAAAUAUAUGCAUGUAUACAAAUAUUAAAUGACUGCGCAUCUUUCGGACUAUAAAUAAUAUUAUACGUAACAUAAUAACGAGUGCCAAUUUGUCAGCGCGCACUGUCCUUCGCAAAUAAAAGCACCGUACAAGUACCGCAUUUAUUUCAAUCUGCCAAAAUUGAUUUGGUAAACGUCUCGAAUUGUCGAAGGGGACAAGGAGAGAGAGAGAGACAGCUAUUGCCGACUUGCAGUUCAUAUUUUGAUACUACAACAUGAGUCUCGCGAUACACAAGUUGCAUUCACCGAGGGCGCGUUAAAGUCGCCUGGCUGAACCGGACGCGCGAUUCCUUUCGACAUUCAAACGUGUUUUAACGACUACGCAAUAAAUAAUUCUCUCGCAAAAUAUUAUCGUGGCGAUUCCAGAAUAAAAUCACAGCACAGUUCCUAACGCGAAGGGUGUUCGACAAAGUGACGGAUGAUCGCUAGAGAGACACAUUUUUACCACGUAUUACGCGACUACCGUCGAAUGAACGUUUUAACAAGGCACAGCCAGUGCGAGCAUCGGAGCCCUUUUGUACAUUGUAUCCUACGGUAUCGCUUUCUAAAUCCUCUCCGCAACUCCUUCCCCUCCGCAACCCCGCGUAAAUCAUGGGGCGGCGCUAUUACGCAUCCCCAUAGUACUGAUCGCGCUUGGAUCACGAUGUACGAAAGAACCCGAGAUCAUUUUAAUUAAGAAAGUGUGUAACGUUCGCUAGUAUGUAGAUACGUUUUGUAUUUAUAGUUCUAUCAUAGAGGUAUUAAUAAAUUUGUUUCGAUGUUAUGCAAAA